AUGCCAGUGAAUACGACAGAACCAGAUUGUGUCCGUGUGAAUCGUGCGAAAGCGUGUGCACAUACAUCAAGCCAGCCUAACAGUGACGACUUAGUGGAUGAUGGUCAUCGUUUGCGUGUGACUAAAAAUGCCCAUACAUUUAAGGGCAAGAAAGUAAUGGCUGAUAGCAAUAAAACUGAUGGCGAUGAUGUUGAUGUUGUUCUUCUUGGAGAUGGUACGGGCAGCGAGGAUGACGAUCAAUUCCCGAGUCUGAUUACGAGAUCGUCACCUGCUAUAUUCGUGAAGGCGAUUUCUGGUUUGUCAGAUGCUCAGAGGCACGCUGUUCGUGAUAUGGGUCUCGAACAUUUGUUAGAUUUGACCAUAACAGCCACACCAUUGAAGAUGGGCUUAUGGCUGGUGAACAAUUUCAAUCACCUGGAUCGAAAGUUGCGUUUAUAUGAUGGUGAAAAGGUGCACAUUAAGGAAGAAGACGUGCAUGCUGCAUUAGGCUUGCCCCGUGGAGAGAUUGAAAUUAGGAACAAGAAGAAGAGAGCUACAUCGGACUUGCUUGAUGAAUGGGUUAGUCUGUUCAAUGUGAGAAUACCGUCUAAUAUUACGGCGUCCAAGGUGUUGGAUAAGAUGCGUGAGUGCGAAGAUGGCGGUGACUGGUUCAAGCGACAUUUUCUCGUGCUUAUGGUCACUUGUCUGUUCGAGAGUUCUUCGAACGGGAUGGCAAACUUCCGUUUAGUCCAUAUGCUCGACGACCUAACCAAAGUAUGCAAGAUGAACUGGUGUUCAUAUAUGAUCCGAUGCCUUGUGGACACUAAGAGAUCGUGGGAUGCUAGCGGCAAACAAAAGAAGUAUACCGGUCCAUUGUUAUUUAUGACGCUGUUUUAUGUGGAUAAUGUCGUCCUGUCGAUGAGAUCUAUUUCAAGGUCGUUCCCCCUGUUUGUGUCAUGGACGAACGAGACAUUAAAGGCUAGGGAACAGGACGAGAUUGAAGCUGGAGGUUUUGGGAGAGGAUUUGUUGAGGCUGACAGGCACGUGGUCGUCGACCGUCACAAAUCGGACAGAUAUGAUGCCACAGCCAACAAUAACGAGAUCAAGAGCACAAUGGAACCCAGUGUGCAGGUGCGUUAUAUAUGUGAUGCUUAUGUUCAAGAAUUCGCAUCCAAAACAUGUCUUCUUGCUACAAUCGGAGAUGAAAUUUUGCAACUGGUUAAUAAGGCACCACAAGUUCUAGUCGGUGACGAGAAUUUUAUGAAAAUACGAGGCGCGGCGCAAAAGCUGUUAGGUGUGUAUUCCGGAGUUCCUAAAGCAAAUUCUGACCGUCACGAUCUAGGUCAACAUAAUCAUACCGUCCCCGCGAGUGAUAUGGAUACGGACAAUGCAAAUGGUGCUACCUAUCAGUUACUAGACGAUGCAUUCUGGAAUGAUCCUGAAACAUUGGCGGCGAUAGACUCGAUUUUGAAGGCGGUUGAGCGACGUGAUCAUUUCAAGAGGAUGCAGCUUGACGUUCCCAGUUUCAACUUAGGCAUCUCGUCAGAUGACGAUGAUGCAGGUGACACCCGUCAUCAACAUACGAGCGGGAUUGGCGUGGGUUCUGUACAUAAUGGGAUGCCUGAAACUGCUGAUAAGUCACUCAAUAUAGACGUGCAAAAAGAUGUUGGUCAGUCUGAGCAUGCAGUUGGUGAAGAAAUUGGGUUGCACGACAAAGGACAUAGGACGAUUGAUGUGACGAAAAAGUUGGACGGGACCGAGAAGAUGGUUGUUAAUUGGAUGCUGAAGAAUGAUGCUUCUGACGAGGGGGUGAUUGCGUUUCAGUCAACUGAACCAAUCGAACUAUAUGUGAAGAAGUCAGUUGUGGUAUGUCUGACUCCCGGCACUCCAAUUACUAAGGAAUUACUUGACUUAUGGUCUUUCAUUCUAAACUACAACGAGAACCUUAGAAGUCGUGGUGCACCAAAAUGUUUUUUUGCAUCAACUUCCCCGUGCAACGAGUUGUUCUUUGAUGGAAAACGGAAAAAAGAAACAAGCUAUAAAAAGUUUGCUCAGACACUAGACUCUGAAAUUACACAGACGUCCAUUUACGCAUUGAAUGAAAUACAAGUGUUUCUAUUUCCGGUGCACUCCGAGACAUUUCAUGGCUUAAUAUGUGUUGUCCCGGGAUCCCAAAAGCUGAUAAUCAUAGACAGUUCCGGAUCUCGCAAAGACGGAGCUCUUAUGAGAUCGAUUGUGCCACGAUCUGAGUUGUUGCAACGGUCGAUGUCAAAGUUUCUAGGUGAAAGGAAUUUGGCAAAAUUCUCCAUAUCAGUCGGGCUGGCUGUUCUUGAUGUGUUCGACACAGCGUGGACUGAGGGCGUCGACAAGGCAGACAUUGGAGUGAUCACAAUGCGUCACAUGGAGACGUUCAAGGGUGGCAUCUCGAAAACUUGGAAUCCGGGACUGAAAAGGGCAGACAAGGGCCAGAUCAAACUUAUCAGGAAGCGCUACACGUGCGUUAUAGCAUUUGCAUCGAACAACAAGUUGAAGGACAACAAUCUUGAAGAAGCACAUAAGUUUCACCCGGUUCACCUUGCAAACAAAAACAAAGCAGCCACAUGA